AUGGCGUGGCCCUGCAUCAGCCGCCUGUGCUGCUUGGCGCGGCGCUGGAACCAGCUGGACCGCUCCGACGUGGCGGUGCCACUGACCCUGCACGGCUACUCCGACCUCGAGAGCGAGCAGCCGGGCUCGGGCGGCGCCGCCCCGCGCAGGAGCCAGUCCCCCGCGGGCGCCCGGGACUCUGGCCGGGACGUGCCGCUCACUCAGUACCAGAGGGACUUCGGCGUGUGGACGGUGCCCGCGGGGCCCAGGGACGCGCCGCAGGGGCGCGGGCCGGGGCCGGGGCCGGGGCCGGGUGGCCGCCGGGACGAGCCCUCCGUGCGCCUGGCCCGUGGGGUCUACGUGCUGCCCGUCGGCGACGCGGACGCGGCUGCGACCACAUCCUACAGGCAAGAGUUCCAGGCUUGGACUGCAGUGAAACCCUCAAGAUCCACAAAGGCAAAACCAGCCAGAGUCAUCACAACCCAAACAUCCAGAUGGGACAGCAGCUCGGGGGCCAGCUCCCAGGUCCCUGAGGUGAGGAAGAAGUUCACGCCUAACCCCUCAGCCAUCUUUCAGGCUUCAGCUCCACGGAUUCUCAAUGGGUGA